AUGCGCUUGAACUCCGGCGUGACAGUCGGGCUUCCCAGCUUGCCUGGAGGACUCCCUGGCGCUGGACCCAGCUCAGGGCCAAGGCCGAGUGUUUGUGGACAUGCCAGUGGGUCGUCUCCAGGAGCCGGAAACGGUGAGUACGCCUGCAUUGCCGGCCUCCUGCAAGCCGCUCAGACCGAUGGCAGCUCGGACACUCCAUUCUUGUCUCCUUCGUCUUCAUGCUCAGGCUUCACAUUCUCUUGUCCAGCCAACAAUUCAGCCUAUGCCUCCGCGGUGCCUUCUUUGUCGUCUUUUUCCUCAAUCUCCAGUGACGUUCAUACAGAAGCGGAAAACAAGGGGAAGAAGACACCGGACGAAGCCGUUAACAGACGUCGUCAUCACACCACAAGCCUCUCCUCUUCCGCCUCAGGCUCCGCUUUGGAUAAAACCAUAGAUAUGCCCAACUAUGAUGGAGCGGGUCCAUUUGAUUUAGCUUUGCUUCUCUCUGCUGGUCUAUCCAAGUCCAGGCCAAUACCAGUGGAAGCCGACACUACAAUCGGCAGAUCGAGUCCUCAAAUCGAGGUUGCGCACACACGAUCAUCUCCUGGCCCUAGGCGACGGAGUAAAGCAACUGUCCUGCCGGCAACAUCUGGCACUAGUUACAGGACCGUCUGCCCGAGCCAAUCAAACGGCUCUGUAUUGCGUAUGUUUCCCAUGCUAAUGUGCCUAAGAGAUUGUAGUUAUCUUCCUCUUACUUGA